AUGUCUUUAGAAUCAACACUCGAAAAUCUUUUGAAGAGAUUGGAUCAAGCUACCUCCCGUUUGGAGACAGUUGAAAAGGCACUUGCCAGUGGUGCCACCAGUGGUUCUGCCCCAGCUGCUGCUGCUCCAGCUGCCAGCGGUGCUGCAGUCACUGAAUUCCAAUCAUUGUUGGAUCAACACAUUACACCAUUGGUCACAUUGUCCAAGAAGUUGGACGGAACCUUGGCUCAACAGAUCGACGAGUUAGUUCAAGCUUUGCAAGCAGAGAAGGCUUUGAUUGGUGUCGCCGCCAACUCAAAGAAGCCAUCACAAGAAGCAUUGUUGGGAUUGCUCGCACCAAUCAACAAUCACGCUCAAAAGGUCGAGUCUAUUCGUAGUUCAAACAGACCAUCGAAAUUCUUCAACAAUCUCUCUGCAAUCUCUGAGAGUAUCGGAUUCCUCAGUUGGGUCGUUGUCGAGCCAACUCCAGGUCCACACGUCGCCGAAAUGAAGGCUUCAUCAGAGUUCUACACCAAUCGUAUCCUCAAGGAAUUCAAGGGUGUCAACCAAGAUCAAGUCGAUUGGGUACAACACUUGAACACCUUCCUCGUCGAACUCCAGAAAUAUAUCAAGCAAUACCACACCACCGGAUUGACCUGGAAUCCAAGAGGUGGAGAUGCUCCAAAGUCAGUUGGUGCCGCCGCUCCAGCUGCCCCAGCUCCAUCUGCCGGUGGACCACCACCCCCACCACCACCCCCCGUCUUUGUCCCAGAGACUGACAACAAGCCAAAGGCUGACAUGUCCGCCGUUUUCUCAUCGCUCGCCAAGGGUGAGGGUGUCACUUCCGGUCUCAAGAAGGUCACCAACGACAUGAAAUCAAAGAACAAUCCAAACAAGUCAUCCGUUGUCAAGGCUGACGAUCUCAAGCCAAAGACCACAACCACCGCCACCGGUUCUAAGCCAGCCGUUGUCAAGCCACCAAAAUUCGCUUUGGAGUCCAACAAGUGGGCCGUCGAACACCAAGUUGGAAACAAGAAUAUUAUUAUCGCCGAGACUGACCCACGUCAAACUGUUUACGUCUACCAAUGCACAGACUCUGUCAUCCAAGUCAAGGGUAAGGUCAACGCCAUCACCUUGGACGGUUGCAAGAAGACCGCCAUCGUCUUUGAGAAUGCCAUUGCCUCAUGUGAAAUCGUCAACUGUACCUCUGUUGAGAUUCAAGUCACCGGUAAGGUUCCAUCAGUCUCAAUCGACAAGUGCUCCGGUGCUCAAAUCUACUUGUCCAAGGAUUCACUCGCCACCGAAAUCGUCACCUCCAAAUCGUCAGAGAUGAACGUUUUGAUCCCAGGUGCCACCGAAAACGAUGACAUGGUCGAAAUUGCCAUCCCAGAGCAAUUCAAGACCGUUGUCCAAGGUACUAGAUUAGUAACUGAAUCAAUGUCUCAUAUCUAA